GUUGCGUCAUCAUCAUCACAAAAAAAAAAACCAAAAAAAAAUGAACUCAGAACCCACUCGAUUCUCAUUACCAACUCAGAUAACCAUCUACAUCUCACACAGAGCACUCUUCAUCAAACCACACCACCACCCCAAAUCACUCACCAGGCUAGAAUGGUCUCAACAGCCCACCCUGGCACUCAUCCAGGACCAGAAGACGAUCGAAGAUGAACUCAGUCUGGCCGAGAGCCUCAAGAUCCAACUCGACGGACUCAUCGGUCUCAUUCAACUCUUCCAGGAUACCUACCUUAUUGCGAUAGCCUCACAUUCCGUGGUAGCCAGGUUCGAAGAGAAGGAGCUCAGGAGGAUCGAACGAGUCCUAGCCAUCCCCUUGGUCUACCAAAAAGCGCACGAAUUGGUCAAGAAUGAGCUCAACAGCAACAGACCAAGGAUCACCCAAACCCUCUCAACCUCAACCUCAAACAAUAGUAUUACCACUGCCAACACCAGCAACGAUGAUCUGUCGAGUCAAACAGAUGAACUCCCUCCAGAAGCCGACGAAGACCUUCCCCCAGGCGCUCCACCAUCCGCAUCAUCAUCCCCGUCCUUAUCAUCAUCCGUCGAAGAAGGCUUCCAGAAAAUUGUCGAGCCCAACAAGAUCAACUUUUCUCGUUUACUAUGGAAACCCAAACCAAUAUUAUCAGGCCAUCAAGAGCCAAGCUCCUCAAGCACAUCAACUAGUACUGCUGAGAACAUUCAGCCUCCUCAGUCCACCAGGAGCACUAGGUCGACAAGCACCAGCAAGGCCGCCGAAGAAGCCCCGCUGGCUAAUCAAGAAGGACGUCUCUCGCUCGAUAAGAAGUUCGUAGCCGUCCUGUCCGACGAACUCACUCGUGGAGGCAUGUUUUAUGCACUCGAUUGGGACAUCACUCAUUCCUUCCAAUCCAAGGCCGAUCAGUGCUCCCCAGACGAAACAGAGCCCAGAAUAGCAGAGCCGCUUCACAAACGAGCCCAAUCGCGCUUUUGGUGGAACCAACGACUGAUUCAACCAUUCAUCAAAAGUGGGUUUGAUAAUUUAGGAUAUGUGAUCAUGCAAGGGUUUGUCGAAUCGACACAAGUGAAGAUAUUAAAACUUAAGAGCGACGAACGAGCUGACGCAAUCCCACAACCAUCGAGCGAACCGCAAAAGGGUGAAGAAGCAGAUGAUGGAGAAGAAGAAGAAGAAGACCGAGGGACGCAGAAGGAGGUAGAUUUAGUGGAGAUUGAAAUCGGUCUGAUUUCCCGCCGUUCGGUUCUGAGGCCGGGGUUACGCUACCAACGACGCGGGAUUGAUGGGGCGGGCUCGGUGGCGAAUGCGGUGGAGACGGAAUGCGUGAUCACCACGCGAGCCGAUCCAAGCAAAAGUCAACAGUCGGUGUUUUGGAGCUUUGUCCAGAUCAGAGGCUCGGUCCCGCUCUUCUGGUCCCAGAACCCAGCCGGGCUUAGGCCGCCGAUCGUGCUCGAAGGGGACCCGAUCGAAAACUUAGAUGCUAUGAAGAAACAUUUUGCCGACUUGAUCGACUCGUACGGUCGGAUCCUGGUCAUCUGCUUGGCCGAAAGGAGCGGCAACGAGGCCCGGCUGGUGGCCGAGUUCGAGCGCCAAGUCGGCCUUCUUGAAGGAUCCGCUUUCCCUUCUGAUCCGCCAGCAAAGGUUCAGUCCACUCUGCAGGAAAAAGAAAAGGAGUGGGUCAAAUUUGUCAGUUGGGAUUUCCAUCAGCAGUGUAAGGGCAUGCAUUACGAAAACGUCUUAGAUUUGGUCGAGCAGAUCGACGAUGAUAUCUCCCAAUUUGGGUAUUUUUCGAGGACAGGUGAUCGACAGAAGGGAGUGAUUCGGUCGAACUGCAUCGAUUGUUUGGACCGGACCAACGUGAUCCAAUCGGCGAUUGCCAAGCAAGUCCUCAACCGCUUCCUCCGCCACCUCAACCUGCCCAUCAAUCCCGAUCUUGCCCAUGACCAACUCGACGUCGCCUUCAACUCUCUCUGGGCUAAUAAUGGCGACCAAAUCUCGAAACAAUACGCCGGCACUUCCGCACUCAAGGGCGAUUUCGUGAGGACGGGGAGGAGGAAUUGGAGAGGUAUCGUAAAUGACGCCACCAAUUCAAUGGCUAGGAUGUGGCAUAAUUCGAUUUCAGAUUUCUUUAAACAAAGAGUAUUAGAUUAUACACUUGGGGUCAACGUGACUACCUUUUCUCAAUUCCAACAAGCCUAUUCGUCGAUUGAUCCUAACGACUUGAGUCGAUUUGCCAAAUUCCGGUCACUUGCGAUUGAUGAUGCAGCGAAACAAGUCUUGUCGGAAGGAGAGAGCAAGCUGGAUGGCUGGAAUCUCUUGACCCCAAGUGAAGAGACUUCGGCCCAUUCGGUCAAAGCCGUCCCACUCGGCCUCGAAGAAAGGAUCAUCAUACUGAGCUCGAAAGCUCUUUACAUUGUCAGCUAUGAAUACGUCUUAUCCAAAGUGCAAGAGUUUCUGAGGAUUGGUUUGGAAGAUAUUGUCAGCCUCCAAUUAGGUGUUUAUAUUACUUCAGUGGCAGAUGAGCGGGAUCGAGAGGAGCAGGAAAACUACGGGUUUGUGAUCUCAUACGAUACGGUAGGUGCGACGGAGAAAAAGAAGACAUAUUCGAUGCGAAUGGAAGGAAAAAAGUCGAGUCCAACGGCCCUUGAGGGCGGAAUGGAUGACAGUAUGUCGGUUUUAGGCGAGCCUGAAAGCGCGACGUCUCGGAGUAUCAAGCAGGUUGCAUUCAAGGCGCCGAAGGAUCUGACGUCCGACAGCUUCCCGUCUAUAAUGAUGACUCACGAUUCCCAUCCAAAGCAGGAGGACCGGCCGACCGGACGGCUGUCGGCGGAAGGCUUUAUUGGCCAGCUGAUCAAGCGGGUCGAGCGCGAAUGCCACCGCAACCAGAUCAUCUUCAUCGACGAGGCCCGUGCGACCGGCGAUCGGGAGGGACAUCCUGCUGGCCAAGUGAUCGACGAGCAUCUCGAGGACGAGGAGACCGAGAGACUCCGACGGCUCGUCCUCGUCGAUCGUUCUCCCAUCAUCAGCAUCGAUGACUAUCACGCUUCGGUCGGCUCCCUUCCCUCCUUGCCUUUCAACUUGUUCGCCAGAAUGUCGAGAGGCGUCAAGCAGAUCAUCGGCUGAUUCAUCUCCCCUCUCUUGUCGCCGUUCAUUCGCCUUUCUUUGUCCCUAUUCUUUUUUUGGUUUAUUAUUCUUCCUUUCCCUUCCGCAUCCUCAUCAUCUAAUCAUCACUUUGUAGCUACAAAAUUUAGAUUGCCAUCUUGGAUGGUUUUGUGAUCGAAGCUCGUUUUUUCUCUCUCUCUCUCUCUCUCUCUCUUUUUUACAUUUUUUGA